AUGACAACAUACGGUGCGCUGCCUACACGCGACCCAGAGCUUGCCGAAACAGCAGCGGCAGCAAGUGGACCAGCUCAACAAGAAGAACGUGCUGAAUGGCGUCACCAACUUGGCGAAGUUCUCGAGAAUGAAAAAGUGCAUCUUGCCAUCAUUGGUUUGGUUGUCCUCGAUGCAGUGUGUGUGCUGUUUCAAAUUAUAUACACGUUCUUGCACGAAUGUCAGAUGGACAAUGAGCCAAGCCAGCGUAUCAAGUUCUUUGUGGAAGCGGCAGAUGUGAUAAGUCAAGGUGUCACUUGUAUCUUUUUGCUUGAACUCGUGUUGGCGUUUAUUGCCUUUGGUCCUCGUUACUAUCUACCAGGAUGGCCUCAUUGGAAGUUGCAUAUCCUUGACGUUGUUGUGGUCGUUGCAACGUUUGUCUUUGACAUUGUGCUCCAUGGUAAGGAACGAGAAGUAGCCGAGCUGCUUAUCAUCUUCCGUUUGUGGCGCGUGGUGCGUAUUGUGGAAGCAACAGUUAUGAGCGUAUCAUUUGCCAAGGAUGAAGAAGAGCAGGAUGUGAACAAGGAAUUGGAAGAAGCGAGAAUAGCGUAUAACCAACUUGCAUCCAAGCUCGAACAAGAGACACAACGUAGAAUGGAAUUGGAAAAAGAGGUGGAAAGACUUAAAGCAGAUUGA